CCAAAAUGAGACAAAAGUGCGACAAAAAUGCGUUUAUUUUUCGUUUCAAAUAUUUUUAAUUAAUUUUGUUGUUUGCGAUUAAAUUAGUAGUUAUUGAUCGGUGAAACACCUUGGUCAUUGUGGUCAUUGUCCAUUAACCGCGCACACCACUCACCAACCGAUCCGCCAUAAAAUGGAUAAGAUGGAGACGAAGAGCGGCGCCGAAGACGCCAACGAAUUGGUGCCCGAAAUCGGCGAACAUUUGAUGGUCAAGCGGUCGGACAACACAUGGCACUCGGCGGAAGUGAUCGAAAUGCGGAGCAAUAGCUGCGAAAACGGACGACAAGAGUAUUACGUCCACUACGACGGCUUCAACAGACGUCUCGAUGAAUGGGUUGGAAGCGAUCGCUUCGACUCGUGUAAGACCGCCAACGGGUCGGCCGGUGACGUUACGAAGACGGGUGAGACGACGGGCGGCGGCGCCGGGGAUGCGGUGGCGAAGAGCGGAUCCGGCGGCGGAGGCGCCGCUCAACACAUGUGUCUCGCGAGCGUCGACUCGAUCGACGGCACGGACCGGAAGAUCACGCGAAACCAGAAGCGAAAGCACGACGAGAUUAAUCACAUCCAGAAGACGUUGGCAGAGAUGGAUCCGACGACCGCCGCCCUCGAGAGAGAGCACGAGGCCAUCACUAAAGUGAAAUACGUGGACCGCAUUCAGUUCGGGAAGUAUGAGAUCGACUGCUGGUAUUUCUCGCCCUUUCCCGAGGAGUACGGCAAACAGCCGAAGCUCUGGAUCUGCGAGUACUGUCUGAAGUACAUGCGGCUCGAGAAGACCUACCGCUACCACCAGUCGGACUGCUGUUGGCGUCAGCCGCAGGGCAAAGAGAUAUACCGCAAGUCGACGAUAUCGGUGUACGAAGUGGACGGUAGGGACCAUAAGAUCUACUGUCAGAACCUCUGCCUUCUGGCGAAGCUCUUCUUGGAUCACAAGACACUGUUCUUCGACGUCGAGCCCUUCAUAUUCUACAUACUGUGCGAAGUGGACAAACACGGGGCGCAUAUCGUGGGCUACUUCUCGAAGGAGAAGGAGUCGCCCGACGGCAACAACUUGGCCUGCAUUCUGACGCUACCGCCCUAUCAGCGCAAGGGUUACGGCAAGUUCCUCAUCGCCUUCAGCUACGAGCUCUCCAAACUGGAACAGUCUGUCGGCUCACCGGAGAAGCCGUUGUCUGAUUUGGGAAAACUGAGUUACAGGAGCUAUUGGUCGUGGAUAUUGUUGGAGAUUUUGCGCGACUUUCGCGGCGUCCUCAGCAUCAGAGACUUGAGUCAAAUGACGUCAAUCACGCAGAACGACAUCAUCGGUACUCUGCAGUCGCUAAAUAUGGUUAAGUACUGGAAGGGACAGCACGUGAUAUGCGUGACGCCGAAGCUGGUCGAGGAGCACCUGAAGAGCGCGCAGUACAAGAGACCGCGACUCACGGUAGAAAACGGGUGCCUCCGGUGGUCGCCACCCAAAAAGCAGAGCAAAUCCGGCAAGAAGUGAGCCAAUGGUGUCAAAGCAUUUGGCGUUUGAUUUGUUUUUUUCCGACUUUUUUUUGUGUAUUUAAUAGUCGUCUGUAUAUUUCAUAACAUGAUGUCAACCACUGAUCACUAACUUAAUUCUCUCGCAUAUUAUAACUAUUCAUAUAUUAUACAUACAAUUAUUUUGUCGUCAUUUGUUUGGGUAAAUAAAUUAAUUUCUGUAUCAGAUAUUAGUUUACUAUUUAAAUUUUAAAUAAACGCAAGUAAUUGUAAUCGCAUUAUACAC